UUGGUAUGGUACACUUCCUAUCAAACCAUAGUGGAUUUAAUGGCAAGAUUAAAGAACGGUACAAAGAUUUCAGAGUCACAGAGUUAACAGUUGAAGGGGGUGCUGUCUGUCUUUGUCUGAAUGGGAAUGUUGAGAAUCCUGUGAGAUCACAUACUGUCCAUGAUACCUGUUCACAAUCCAUUAACCAAGACAGAAAAGUUUUUGAGUAUUGGAAAGGAAAAGAUGCUGCUACAUUGCAAGCUACUUUAUGUGAGGUUUUAAAAAAUGAAGAGCCACUUUUAAAACUCAACAUAUUUUCAGAGAAAAUAAAUAAUGAUGCUAAUCACCACGGUGACAAUCAAAAUGAUGAAGAUUGCAUCUCACUUGGGCUAUUUAACGAAAAGGAACAACGAGCAAAGCUUCACCACUGUGUGAAACAGCUCCACCCACAUUUAAAAACAACAACAUCUAGAAAUCAGGAGAGUAGCUAUGAAAUUUUUGCUUCCAGUGAUAGAAAUUAUUUUGAAUUUAAAACAUUGUUGUCUGCUGAUCAGGUGAAUAAUUUGUUGAGGUUCAUUGAUGAUAAAAAUGCAAGUAGCAUGUUAAAGCUGCAAGUUGGAAAAUGUAAAGAGAGGAGGACUAGAAUCCAUCGCCUGAUUGCCAAAUACUACGGUGCUAUGGUGGAAACUAAAACAUUUGUCGGUAAUUUCAAAGGUGUAACUCCUCAUGAGAAAUCUUCUAUUGUGGUGAGAUUUCGUGAAAAGUUCCAUCAACAGAAAGGAAAGAAAAGAAAACAUGCUGUGGGUGAAAAUAAAGAAGACAUAUACACAGCUUUCGUAUUAGAAAAAAGAGAUUUAGAAACAUUGGAUGCUAUCCAGCAGAUCGCUGAUGCCACUGGAUGCCAGCCGUCUGACAUUAGUUAUGCCGGGAUGAAAGAUAAAAAAGCAAUCACAACACAAGCUAUGGUUAUUAGAGGGGUUCUUCCACAUAAAUUACAAGAAAUUAAUGAUUCUUUGCCAAAUAUCAGAGUUGGCACGAUUAAAAGAUGCUGUGCCCCGUUGAAGCUUGGUCAGCUUGGUGGAAACCACUUUGAGAUACUGAUACGAGAUGCAACUUCUGAAUCUUAUAGACUUGAAGAUGUUGUUUCCACAGCAAUGGAACAUAUUCAGGAACAUGGAUUUGUGAAUUACUAUGGAACACAACGAUUUGGUUCAAAUGACAGUCCUGUAACUGCGGACAGAGUUGGACUAGCUCUACUCAAAGGAAAUAUGAAAGAAGCCAUUAAUUUGAUUUUAAUGCCGGGAGAUGGAAAAGAUACAGUCAAUGAAGCAAAGAGGCAUUGGAGAAAUACAAAUAAUGCAAAGGAGACGCUGUCUAUGAUGCCGCGAUAUAAAAUCCGAGAGUGCAUGCUGUUGAAGGCGUUACACCGACAUGGACAGGACAAUGAUGGAUGUACUAAAGCAUUGCUUAUGAUACCAUAUUACAUGAGGGUUUUGUAUGUUCACAGUUAUUGUAGUCUUGUAUGGAACAAAUUAGCAUCUUAUAGAAUUCAACAAUACGGAGUUGAUGUUGUUGUUGGGGAUCUUGUUGAAGUGACUGAGGGAAACAAGACACAGGUGAAAAUAGUAGAACCAGAAGACAUCCAUAAAAGCAGAUACUCUAUCAGUGAUGUUGUGCUACCAUUGCCUGGCAACACAGUUACUAUGCCAACCAACUCAGUUUCCCACAUGUAUUCCCAGCUACUUUCCUCUGAUGAAUUAGAACAACAUAACUUCAGGAUCUCUUCUUUGAAAAUGAACAUCCAUGGAGACUACCGAAAACUUAUUGCAUGGCCAAGAAAUACUCAAUACAAACUUCUUACAAGAAAGUCUAAAGUUUAUGAAGAGAGUUGUAAGGAAACAAAAGCAGUUUUUAUUUCCCAGGAUGCAUGUAGUAGUGCACAGUCAGUCAACAAGGAGGUACAGACAUCCAGUGACGAUGAACAGUCUGAUUGCAAUGUAGAAGUUUCAUUUGAUUUACUGCCAUCCUCUUAUGCUACAGUGUGCUUAAGAGAAAUUAUGAAAACUCCUAAAUGA